AUGCUUGUCGGAAGGCAGUCUUCUCUCAGCUGCGAAUCACCAGAUACCCCAUAUUUUGAAAAGGACGAAACAUCAGAACGUUUCCUACCGGACGGGAAAUCAGGUUUUUCUAUUCUGUCUAUUUUGGAUACUACUGACAAAUCAUCGGCUGGUAAUGCUUAUAAACGGUCCACGAUGAAUCCUCCUAAUAACACUGGACUUACGGAUGACGGAUCUCUGUCCAUCCAGACCACGUUCAUGAAUACGAGCUUUGCUGAGACCGGAAGGCCGAAGAAGAGCAGAGGCAGGACCACAGCCCCAUCUCGACUAAACUUGCUUGUUGUCGUGUUUGUCGUUGACAUCACAAACCAAUUGUCAAAAUGCAUUAAAAUUUUUUGGUUCAAAAUUUAUUCGGUCAAGACCCGACAACCACUAUGGUGCGUAAACAAGUCUCGAGUUUUUGUAAUGUAUACUCAUAAGAAUCUCUCGUUUGUGAUGUUGUCAGGCAAUAUUUCAGGCGAUAUCUUGAAUAUCGUAGUUUGCCUGCGAGUGUUUGGCACGUUCAAUUUGGUGCUCAGUUACGAAAUGAAUUUAACGCAGAUUCAAAGACUGGGCCUGCCUGAUGAGCCCCAAAGAGCCAAACCGGUAGCUUGUUUUCGCCGAACUUGUAUGUCGUGUUUUGUGAAAAUAGUUUAUCAUACCUUUUUCACCGGCAAACAUCAAAAUAAAAUUGUUUCAUCUUUACAGCUCUUCAAGACGACCAGUGUGCAAAUCUGCGUGGACCCUGCGUCACCUUUGACCAAAAACAUAACAAUAUCUCGGACGAAGUUAAUACGUAUCUAG